AUGCGCAAUGCCACGGCGUGCAAACAAUGCCGCCAAUCGAAGCGCAGAUGCGCCCGCCCCGCCGUCGACGGCGUGCCCUGCAACAACUGCCACCGCCGCUUCCAACACUGCUCCUUUUGUCCGCUCCCCCACGACCGCCCGCGGCACCUCAACGUCUCCAUCGCCCCCGAGGUCCAAUCGCCCGACAGCAGCCGGCCCGAGGACCUCCUGGCCCGCCUCACCAACACGCAAAAACUGGCGCUGGUCGACAACUACUUCGCCCUCAUCCAUGAUCGCCCGCACAGCCUCUUCCACCGCCCGACCUUCAUGGCCGAACUCCAGGCAAACCGCAUCCGCACCUCGCUCAUCCUAAGCGUCUGCGCGCUAGCCUCCUACCUGUCCACCGACGACGCCAUUCGCACCCUCGGGCAGGAAAUGGCGCUGGCGUCCAAAAACCUGCUCCUCGCGGACAUCGGCUCGCCGGCCAUUGCGCACAUCCAGACUGCCAUUCUGCUAGCUACCAUCUAUGCGGCGGAGCGGCAGCCGCGCGCAGACGCCAUGUUUUUUGCCAUUGGCGCGCGUAUGGCGCAAAUUCUGCGGCUGCAUGAUGUGCAUGAGGGUGACGAUGCGGUUACUGCGGAGACGAAGGCGCGCGUCUGGUGGACGCUGAUUAUGUUUGAUUACUGGGGUUCUGCGGGGCUGAUGAUCAGGCGGCAGCUAGAGCACCAGCCUUCUAAUAUCCCGUAUCCCGGGCCUGAGGAUAUCUUCCAAGCUGCAAGGCCCUUUCAGCAGACUUUGGAAGUGCCCGGCUCCGGACUGUGGGCGCAUAUGAUUAAUCUCGUGAAGAUCUUCGGCUUCAUUCAGGACUUGCAUCAGGAAUUGGCGACGCAGCGAUUAAGCCAUUCGGACGUCGACUCGAAAGUGGAAGACCUGGCGAAGCGCCUGGACGCGUGGGCGAGCGCGCUGCCGAAAGGCGUCGUGCUGAGCGACGACAACAUCAAAGACCACAUCUCUCGUGGCCUAGGGGGUGCCUUUAUGGCGCUGCAUCUCGGCUUCCAUCACUACUUCACCCUCCUCUUCUACCACUCUCUCGACUCCUACCAACCCCCUACGGUCAACAAGUCCACCUUUACCCAGCGCUGUCGCGGCCACGCGAUGAAGUACAGCGAAUUACUCCAGACGUCUCGCAACACGCCGGGCUGCGAGGCGAGCUAUCCAGUCAUGGGCCACAUGGCCGUCGUCUCGUCCUCGGUGCUCCUCCACAUGCUUCUCUUCGGGGACGACAACGAACUCGUGGGAGCAAGGGAAAGUCUAAUGGGCAACUUCGCCGCGCUCGUGGAGCUCGAGAAGUUCUGGCCAAGUCUAGGCGUCUCCAUGCGCCGCCUCCACACCUUCCAAGACGUCUGCCGCCAGCCCGCCAACAUGAGCACCUACCGCAUCGACCAGUGGAUGUUCCGCUUCCUCUACGAGCACUCCAAUUCCAUCGGGGACCGCGUGGCGCCGAAAGAAGGCGGCGGCGGCGGCGACUCGUGCAGUGUCUCCCCCGCUGCGUCGAUGAUGAGUAGUAAUGCGGAGGCGCCGCCUUUGCCGCCGCGAUUUCAGGAGGUGGCGAAGGGGCGGGAGGCGGUGCUUACGAGUGCGUUGGACUUUUUGAGGCGGUGA